GGAAGGUCUGCUGCAGCGUCCGGAAGCAGCCGUGGGCUUGGGUGGCCAUGGCUGAUGAAGAAGAAGACGUGCCGUUUGAAGAAGACGCGGAAGAAGCCGGCGGCGGCCUGGAUGGCGGGCAAGGCAGGAGGAAGAGGCUGUUCUCCAAAGAACUAAGAUGCAUGAUGUAUGGAUUUGGAGAUGAUCAGAACCCUUACACAGAAUCAGUGGACAUUCUUGAGGACCUGGUAAUAGAGUUUAUCACAGAAAUGACACACAAGGCCAUGUCAAUUGGGCGGCAGGGUCGUGUUCAGGUUGAGGACAUCGUCUUUCUAAUACGCAAGGACCCCCGGAAGUUUGCCAGAGUUAAAGACCUCCUAACUAUGAAUGAAGAACUGAAACGAGCCAGGAAGGCGUUUGAUGAAGCAAACUAUGGUUCCUGAUCAUGUGCACAACCUGCCCUGGGGCAUUAUUCAGGCACCUGCUGCCCGACAGGAACAUCAUAUGUUUUGUUUGGAGGGGUUGUUCAAGACAGAGGUCACUGCUGGGAUGUUUGCCUUUACUCCCAGCCUUUUCUAAGGGAGAAGUAUGCCAGCAGCUGAAUAUUAUCCAACUGUAUGUGGUAUACUGAAGUGAGUUUUAUACUACUUUACGAAAUAAGAGCUCUAAGGAUUCUUGUAAUCGCAAGAAUUCUGUUUCAGAAGGACGGUGAUGAAUCAGCUGUUUAGAGACCUAGUAAUUACCAUUCAGUAUUCCUGUCAAAAGAAACCUAGAAAAUGGCUCUUAGUUAACUGGAGAAAGUCUUCAAGCCAGAACUCCUAUAGAAAUUCUGUUUUUUGCUCUCUGUAGGUUCUUUGCUCUCUAUAGUUUCUUUGCAUAAAAUGUUUUAAGUUUGUGCCCACUCCUUGUAAUUAAACUUAUAUUGAUCAAUGCCACAAGGUGUUCAAUACAGGAGUUUUGGCACUUAACUGGCUAGGAAUG